AUGCUCACAUAUAAGCAACGCCAGUCAUUAAAUCAUGCUAUUUGCGAUUAUGUACGACAAAAUGAGGGCUCAGACGAGCUUCUCGUUCAGCUAGAAUCCGUACUUCUUCCCAAUGGUUCGGACGUUAUACCUCAGGAUCCCAAUCUUCUUGAAAGAAAAUGGAAUUCUAUCGUGAGGUUGCAAUCUAAAAUCAUGGAACUGGAGAAGAAUUGUGAGGAAUUACAAAAAUCUAUUGAUGAACAACAAUCGAGCACGAAUCAAAUAUCAAACGCAUCAAGCGAUUGGUGUCCCCGUGACACUCCUUCGUUUCAAAUCACGUUGGAUGCUUCCAUCACGGCAUUAUGCCUUCAUCCCAGUUUACCGAUCAUCUUCAUAGGACUAGACUCUGGUAAGUUGCUACGUUACGAUAUUUUAAACGUGGAACUUCCAUUGCAAUCUACCAUGGCUCAUAUGGACGGUAUAACAUCGAUCUCGAUCUCUUUACCCAAUGAGAAUGGAAGACCGGCAUAUUUGGCUACCACCUCGAAGGAUUUGAAUACCAAAAUAUGGGAACUAGAAUUGGAUUCAACGCUGUCUCACAUCAAAACGCUUGCCGGGCAUGAACACACGGUAUCAGACUGCCAAUUCUUUGAAAGAGGUGCGGAUCUUCUACUAGCUACUUGCUCCAGAGACCUUUACUUGAAAAUCUGGGAUAUAUCCAACGGUUGGUGUAUCAAAUCUUUCCAGCCUCAUACCCAAUGGAUCAGAUCUCUUCAUGUUCAUGGCGAAUUUGUCUUGACUGGGUCUAAUGAUUCUGCCAUCAGAUUGACACAUUGGCCAUCAGGCAACGGGCUUUCCAUGGGGAUAGGACAUGACUUCCCCGUAGAAAAAGUUCUUAUUCUUAUACCAGAUCCACAACAUCUGCAACCGCAAUAUCAGCCUUUGGGAUUUCAACAUGUCGCAUCCGCGUCCCGUGAUGGUACCAUUCGACUUUGGAAAGUGUCUUUGCCAAAGUUUAUCCCGCAUAGACCACCGCGACCAAACCCGUUGGAUACAACUUUUAAGGUAAUAGCUGUAUUGACAGAUCAUAACUCUUGGGUUAGAGAUUUGCGUCAGUUUAAUGAUAUGUUGUUUUCCUGUAGUGAUGAUGGAUCGGUCAAGUGUUGGUCAUUAGAUUGGACAAAUCUGUCGACGACAACAUGCAAAAAAUCAUGGGAUUUAUCGAAUAAAGGGUUCCAAAACUGUUUAACAUUAGAUAAUAUUGCAUUCACUGGACUACCGUCCAGAAAGCUUCUUUUCUCAGGUAGCAGUGAAGGAACUUUAACAAGCUUUAUGAGGUAA